AGGAGCGAGCGGGCUGCGCUGAGGUGGCGGCGACGGGCGGUGGCGCCGCGGUAACGAACGGGCGGACGGGCGGGCGGACGGCGGUGGCGGCGGUCUUGGGGACUGCGGCUCCUUGCGUCGGUCCCGGGGGAGGCCCUGGUCUCGCUGGCGAGAUUCAGCCGCUGGAGGUGCGGCCUUUGGGCCCGGAGGGCCGCUGAGGAGGGACGAGCCGGACCCUGCGACCGCCUGAGAGGGCUGAGCCCGGGCCCGCUGUGCGAGGUGCUGAAAAAUUACCAGAAAUCAUGAGUGACUCAGUUUGCCCUAUAGAUGCCAAGGAAGAACUCUUGCGUGAAUGUGAGAAUAUUUGGAAGGAGAUGGAAAAGUGUCAGAGCAAGCUAACACUUCUAGCAGCAGAACCAGUGCCAGAAUCAGAUGCCAAGGUUUCCUUGUUACUGACACGAAUGCAGGCUUUAAGAGCAGAGUAUCAUCAGUGGCAAAAAAGAAAUCCUGAAUUAAUUUCUACUAAUCCAGAGGUAUUGCUGUUAUUAGGAGAAGAAGAGUUGCAGAAAGUAAAGAAAGAACUUGAAAUGGUGCUGUCAGCAGUUCAGUUAAAGAAUGAAAAGCUGAAAGAAGAUCUGGAAAGAGAACAGCAGUGGCAUGACGAACAGGUGCAAAUACUAAACGCUUUUAAAGAAAUUGAAGAAGAAAUGAAAAAAGAAGUCGUAACAGAUUCUGAAAAAAGAGUAUUUCAAGAACUGAAAAACCAAAUGUUGGAGUUAAAGGAAUAUAAGAAAAAACUCAUGAAUGCUUUGGGUGAGUUCCUAGAAGAACAUUUUCCCCUUCCAGAGAAAAAUGGAAAUGCUAAAAAGAAGAGGUACUCUGAAGAGCCACCUGAACAAGUGAUAACAAUACAUGAAAUUUUAGAGAUUCUGUUGAAUCAGUUAAUGUCCACACCACACGAACCCUAUGUAACAGUUGAUGACUCAUUUUGGCCACCUUAUCUGGAGCUGCUACUGCGAAGUGGAAUUGUCCUCAGACAUCCAGAAGAUCCAAACAGGAUACGUCUAGAAGCUUUUCACGAGUAGUGUGAUCUACAUGUUUACUUUUAAAACAAAUCACUACUACUUAUGGGAAGCCAUACUUAUGUAUCUGCUGGAAAUUGCUGGGAAAAGGCUCGGUGGUGUCCCAUAUGAGAACUUCACAACUCUUUGAGGAUGGAGGGGGAGUGAGAACAGUUUAAUGUUGAGUUCUAGCAUAAUUGCCUUUUUCAGCUAUACUGACUAUGCAUAAUUAUAGGUCCUGGUAGGUGUUGUCCAGAAACACUGACUUUUGUUUUUAACUGCUUGCUAAAUGCCCUCCAUUCAAAGACUGGCUGUAGUGUCUGACUUUCAUACACAUUUAGUUGCUUUUUUUUUUUCCUCCUUAAUUAUUCACCUUAAUUAUUCAGGGUUUUAUAGAAUGGUCUUUUUUGUUUGUUUUUAAAUAUUUUGUAUUUUGCUAUCCUUUACACAUAUAUUAUUCAUAAAAUCUUUUGAGGUGGGAAGUAUCUUUAAAAGUCAUCAAUCUCGGGUUCUUCACUGAUCUCCUGUGAUAGUGUAAAUUCAAGAAUAAAAAGUAUUAACCACCAUCUA